CGUCCAAUAGAGAAGUAAAAACAUAAACAAAAAAUUUCAGUGCAGGAAACUUGUGGAAAACUUGCCAUAAUUCGAAAGAAUUCUGUGCAUUUUCAUGUUUCUUUUUAUACAAACAAGGUUUUAAAUUUUAUUGUUACGAUGAGUUCUCUAUCAUCAAAGUGUUUUAAAGAUAAGAAAAAUUUCCAUGCUAGGCAACGUGAUUCAGAAUGUAUCAUGGAGCAAUACUCAGACAAACUUCCACUUAUAAUUGAACGAUAUAAAAAUGAGAAGGCUUUACCAGUGAUAGAUAAGAUCAAGUUUCUUGUACCAUCUGAUAUGACCAUUGGAACACUCAACAGCAUUUUGAGAAGAAGACUUCAGCUAAACUCUACACAAGCUCUAUUUCUGUUAGUGAACAACCGAAAUAUGUUUACUGCAUCCAUGCCAAUCUGUGACGUAUACCGCGAUGAGAAGGAUGAAGAUGGCUUCUUGUAUAUAGUAUAUGCUUCUCAGGAGGUGUUUGGUUCGUGAUGUGUUUGUUUGUUUGUGCGUUUGUUUGUUUGUGCGUUUGUAUGGCGCUGCUGUUAUUCUAGUUGUUUUUCUUGUGGAUGUUGUUGUUGUUGUUUGUUUGUUUGUUUGUUGUUGUUGUUGUCUUUGUUGUUGUCUUAAUUUUCUUCAAAAUAAUGUAAAUACGAUUACAGAUGUAUAUUUAGAAGUGCGAAAAUAUUUUGGAACAAAA